AUGCCUGGCUUCGACUUCAGCAAUCAUUCGCGCAAUGCCGCCCUGCACGCCCGCGGUGUGCCUCUGCCAAAGGCCACGUCCACAGGUACCACCAUUGUCGGCUGCCUCUACAAUGCAGGCAAGGAGGAUGCCGGUGUUGUGAUCGCUGCCGACACGAGAGCCACAAGCGGCCCCAUCGUCGCCGACAAGAACUGCGAGAAGCUACACUACAUCGCGCCCCAGAUCUGGUGUGCCGGUGCUGGCACCGCCGCCGACACCGAGUUCACCACCGCCAUCAUCUCGUCCAACCUCGAGCUCCACUCUCUAUCUACAGGCCGCAAGCCUCGCGUCGUGACAUGCAUGACGCUACUGAAGCAACACCUUUUCAAGUACCAAGGCCACGUUGGCGCCUACCUGGUGGUAGCCGGAGUCGAUCCCACGGGAGCACAUCUUUUCACCGUCCACGCCCACGGUAGUACGGACAAGCUGCCUUACGUCACCAUGGGUUCAGGUUCCUUGGCGGCCAUGUCCGUCUUCGAGACACAAUGGAAGCCCGACCUCAACAAGGAGCAGGCCAUGGAGCUGUGCUCGCAGGCCAUCCAGGCUGGUAUCUUCAACGACUUGGGCUCUGGUUCCAACGUGGACUUGGCCGUCAUCACCAAGGACAAGACAACGCUUCACCGCGGCUACCUGAAGCCCAACGAGCGUAGCCAGAAGCUCAAGAACUACAAGUUCCAGCGGGGAACCACGGCUGUGCUGAACGAGAAGAUCAUCAAGAAGGACGAAAUCGGCAAAUACGUCAGCGUAGAGCCGCUACCGGCCGGUACAGAGACGAUGGAUGUAGACCCGUGA